GGGCUUAGGAUAAAUUAGAAAUGAGAGCCCAAAAUUUGUUUCUGGGGCUCUCUAAAGUCUAACACUGCCCGGAACCAGAAGCAGCAGAAUAUCUUCAUGUCUCAGCCUCUGUAACUGCGGCCGGAUGGAAGCAGUGAAGGUUGAAGGUUUUGGCCCUGAUUCAGAAGUGGAGGAUUUAGGACGAUGCGUUGAUGAAAUUUCCACCACUGUCAGUCGGCUCGAGCAAAGAGUUAACGAUGUCGAGCAGUUCUACUUGACUACAGAUAAUAUGGAGUUGACUAUUACCAAAUCUGCUUCAGCUUUUAAGGAAAAAGUCAAGGAAAAACAGCUUACUGGCCUUGAAAAGCAGCAGCAAGAAGCAUCACAAAGAGAAGCUGCUGCUCUGAAGAGAAUGCAGGAACUUAUGCGCCAAUUUGCCACAAUUUUACGUCAGAUCACUCAGCACAAAUGGGCACAUCCCUUUAUGCAUCCGGUUGAUGUUGAAGGUCUUGGUUUGCAUGACUAUUAUGAGAUUGUUCAGAAGCCUAUGGACUUUGGUACAAUAAAAAGCAAGAUGGAAGCUAAGGAUGGUACUGGGUACAAGAAUGUACGCGAAAUUUAUUCUGAUGUUAGGUUGGUUUUUAAAAAUGCCAUGAAAUACAAUGAUGAAAGACAUGAUGUCCAUAUAAUGGCCAAAACUUUAUUGGAAAAAUUUGAGGAGAAGUGGCUGCAACUUUUGCCUAAAGUUGCUGAAGAGGAGAAAAGACAGGUUGAGGAGGAAGCAAAAGCAGAGCUAGAUGUGAAGCUGGCACAAGAGGCAGUUCAUGCUAACAUGGCCAAAGAGUUGAGCAAUGAACUUUGUGACGUUGAUUUGCAAUUGGAGAAACUCAGACAGAUAGUCAUUCAGAAAUGCAGAAAAAUGUCGACUGAAGAGAAAAAGAAACUUGGGACAGCUCUCACCCGAUUGUCGCCGGAAGAUCUUGGUAAGGCUCUAGAGAUAGUUGCUGAGAACAAUCCAGGCUUUCAACCAACAGCACAAGAGGUUGAUCUUGAUAUAGAUGCCCAGAGUGAAUUAACGUUGUGGAGAUUGAAGGUUUUUGUUCAAGAUAAACUAAAACUUGCUGGAAAGUGCUCUGAAGCUGUGGUCUGCAACAACAUAAACAAUAAUGAGAAUACCAUCAAGAGCAACUCGAAAAGAAGAAGAGAGAUAUCUGACGCGCUUACAAAGAAUGCCAUAAAGAGGAAUAGGAAGCUCUCUCCUAACUCAUGAGCAAGCACUGUUGCAGGCUAGUAUUAUACUGGUUUUGUCCUUAAACCGGUGAAGUUGCCCAGAUGCUGAAUAUUAUUCUUAAAUGUGUAGUUGUUAGAAUCGGAGUUAUGAUGGUGGCAGAACUCGUUACGACUAUGUAAAGGUCCAUAGAUAGAUUUUGAUUACAGAACCUUGUAAAUUUUUUGUCUUAUUAUUGAAGGGUAAAUAAUGACAUUGACGAACGCCGACACAUAAUACAGGUACCAUAUGACAUAGCGACACUGCCAGGCAUGUCCGUGCUUUAUAUACAAUGCAUUUAUUUUUGUUUA